UCAUUGGAGUUGUUAUUGACUACAGUAGUACGGAGUACUUGUCAGCCAUUGUUCGUAAAAAAACAACUGAUUGAAAAUUAGGAUUUUGCAAUCAUGCUUUCUCCACGAGCUGUCAGUGGCCUCCCGAAGGUAGUCAAACGCAACAUUGGGAUAAUGGCACCGGUCAUGCAAAAAGUAUCAGACCCCAUCCAGCAGCUCUUCCUUGAUAAAAUCAGGGAGUACAAAUCCAAAAGCUCUGGUGGAAAAAUGGUCGACCCAACCCCUGGAACCCAGAGAGAAAUGAAAUCAGAGCUAGAAAGGCUUGCAACGCAGUAUGGUGGUGGUCCAGGUGUUGAUAUGACAAAAUUCCCAACGUUUAAAUUCGAUGAGCCACAUGUCGACAUUGAAUCAGGUUCAAAAGCCAAGUAAACUCGAUUGAAAUCCAUUCAAAAUCAGUAGAGAAAUACAAAAAAUUAAAUGAAAUUCAUGAAAAUAUUACCUGUAAUCUAAGAAAAUAACAGAGAAACGUUAAGUUAA